AUGCCUGCGGAACUGGCGACCCCCCGUGCAGGCGGCGCAGGCACGGCCACCACCGCAGCAGAAAAUACAGAAUCUGGCGCAUCAACCGCCUGUGUCCAAUGUCGCCAGCGACAUGUCAAAUGUGACGGAAAACGCCCCUGCAAGCGUUGCGUCGACUCGGACAGCACCUGCGUCUUUGUGCCGUCGCGGCGAGGACAGAGAUAUCCUACGAACCGCGCCAGCCUGCACACGCCGCCCCAAGAGGCAGAUGCAUCUCCAGGCAUCAAGCGCACGCAAAACGACGCCGGACUGGUGCCGAGCGACUGCCCCAGCAAAUUUCUGUUCCGAAGCAUCACGCCGCCCGACCUGCGCUCCGUCGUCGCAUGGAGCAAGCCCGCGUUCCGCCCAGCCUCGACCGGACCUCCGCCUCGGCUGCGCCCUCAUCCCGCGGUGGGCUUUGAGCGCUGCAUCUCGUCGUACUACUACAACUUCCACGCCAGCCACCCUCUGGUCCUGCCGCAGACGAACCUCCGCCCGCUGGUCAAGGAGGAGGCGCUGCAGCCGUUGCUGGCGGUUAUGCAAUGGGUGGGCUCCAAGUACAUUGCGCCGGAACUGGAACAAGGGCCGCUGCUGGAUGUGGCGAAAUCCUCCGUGGAUGAGGCCGAGGCGAAGAGCGCCAAUGGUUUUACAGUCCAGGCCAUGAUCGUGCUGAUGGUGGCGUUGGACGGAGCCGGAUAUCAGCAGCAGGCCAUAGAUCUGUUGGGGAGAGCGAAGCGGAUGCUUCUCUCCCUCGGGAUGAACCACAACCAAUUUCUGAUAGAGUCAAAAACGCGGUCUGGUUGUCUAGACGAAAGCUGGCGCCGCACAUGGUGGGAGCUGUACGUCUUGGACGCCAUGUUUGCAGGAGCGCAUCGGGCGACCAAUUUCUCCCUUUUUGACGUACCAACUGAUGUUGGCCUACCAUGCGAAGAAGACGAAUACGCGACAAAUCAAAUACCAGAGCCGCGAACAGUGCAGGACUUGAACGACCGCGAUUUUGCCAUGGACAGCUACCCAUUCUCGUCGUUUACCUACAGAAUCCUCAGCGCCCAGAACCUCGGCAAGGUCAUGCGCCACUUUGAAGCCGCCGAAGUAGACGACAACGUGCACGCGCAGCUGGAGAUGCUGCUGACCAGCUGGCGCCACAACCUCCCCGCCUCCAAACAGGACUCGCUGCAGCGCGACGGCCGCCCGGACGAGGUCAUGUUCCAGGCACACAUGCUCAACCACACCACCUCCAUUUUCCUGCACCGCUCCCGCGCGCAGCUCGACCUCGCGCCCACCCGAACCAUUGACGCCUGCGCACCACCGCCCGACGAGGAAGAAGAGGACGGCGGGCGCGCGGGAGCAGCAGCAGCAGCAGCAGCAGCAGCAGUGAACCUGCACACGCGUCACGUCCUCUCGGCCGCCAACGAGAUUGGCAAGCUGGCGACGCACCGCACGCCACUGGUCCGGCACACGCACUUUUUCAUCUGCGCCGUCGUGCUCGCAUCCAUUGUGCAGCUCAGCGCGUGGUCGUCGUCGUCGUCGAGCAGCGAGGGCGGAGGCGAGGAGGAGCAGGAGGAGUCGAUGGUGCGCGAGCAGGUGCGUCUCUGCAUCGGCACGCUGCGGCAGAUGGCGACGGUCUGGGGGACGGCGAGCAGGGCCCUGGGCCAGGUGCGCGAGGUGGCGGGCCUUGUGCACGGCUGGAGGGCGCAGAGCCGCCAGAUGGAGCAGUUCCUGGUCCACGUCACGGAGGAGGACAUGCUGAACAUUUUUGCGGAGGAUACGGCGACGACGACGUUGGCGGACAUGGAGACGACUGUCUAG